UCAAUUACAAUUACUUCGGAGUGAUCUGGAGGAAAACAGCUUCUUUCUUUCUUUUUUUUUUCCCCGGAAUCUAGGACAGCAAAAAAAAAAGCAAAUUCUGGGUUCCCAUGACAUCUACCCUUGUUUAUUAAGAUUUUCUCAGUGUGUGUUAGAACAGGACUUUGCUUUGGAUUUAGAGCCAACUCAAAAACUGGAUUGAGACAGGCUAGUUUUACCAUACUCAUGUUUUGUGUGUUUUUGUUUUGGUUGGUGGGUUUUGUGUUUUGUUUUGUUUUUAACAGCAGCAGACUUGAAGGGAUGGCAUUUGUGCAUUUUCUUGUGUGGUUGGUGAAAAUAAGCCUACGCUGCAGGGAUGCAAGCGGAGCAACAGCCUGAGGCUGCUGCAGACCCAGUGUCGUCCUCCGAUGCACCAGAAGAUGGCCCAAAGGAAACGUCAAGUGUGUCGCACAAUAUCUCUGAUGCAGAUGCAUUUAAAAUUAUCCUGGAGAUGAAGAUGAAGAAGAGGCAGAAAAAGCCUACUUUACCAAGCACUGUGACUGAGCUUGACACCGAGGAUGGUUCUAAAGUGUAUGUGGUUGGCACAGCCCACUUCAGUGACAGCAGCAAAAAGGAUGUAGUGAAGACAAUACAAGAAGUGCAGCCCGAUGUAGUUGUGGUGGAACUCUGCCAGUACAGAGUUUCUAUGUUAAAGAUGGAUGAAAAGACAUUACUAAAAGAAGCCAAAGAAAUAAAUCUGGAAAAACUUCAACAAGCUAUAAAGCAGAGUGGAGUCAUGUCUGGAUUGAUGCAAAUGCUGCUUCUGAAGGUUUCUGCUCACAUCACGGAACAGCUGGGAAUGGCCCCAGGAGGAGAAUUCAGGGAGGCUUUCAAAGAGGCCAGUAAAGUACCUUUCUGUAAAUUCCAUCUUGGAGACCGACCCAUCCCUGUUACAUUUAAGAGGGCAAUUGCUGCACUUUCUUUCUGGCAAAAAGUCAAGCUUGCCUGGGGCCUUUGCUUCUUAUCUGACCCAAUCAGUAAAGAUGAUGUGGAGAAAUGCAAACAGAAGGAUUUACUGGAACAGAUGAUGGCAGAAAUGAUUGGAGAAUUUCCUGAUCUUCAUCGAACUAUCGUCUCGGAACGGGAUAUUUACUUGACCUACAUGCUGAAGCAAGCAGCAAAGCAGAUAGAACUACCUCGAGCUUCAGAAACCGAACCUAGAAAAUGUAUCCCAGCUGUUGUAGUUGGUGUUGUGGGGAUGGGUCAUGUACCUGGAAUUGAAAAGAACUGGAACUCAGACUUAAACAUCCAGGAAAUAAUGAGUGUGCCUCCUCCAUCAGCUUCAAGUAAGAUUUUCAAAUUUGUCAUAAAAGCGACAGUUUUUGGACUGGUGGGAUAUGGCUGCUACCGAAUAGGUCAAAGGACAGUUCAGCUUAUUCUCUCGAUGCCAGCAGCACAGAGUUAUCUUCAGAAGCUGACAGAAAUAAGGUCUCAGCAUUAACAUCGAGUGGAGGCGUGAUGUGAAGAAGGUGGCUGAAAAAGGGUGAGAGAGGCAACAAACGUGAACUGGACUGAACAAAGAGUGAGGUGAGGAUUCUAGUCGGAGGUGGUUGAUGCUGAGCAAAACCAAAUUGCUGUAUGAUAAAAGAUUUGAAACUCAAGUUACACCAGCUAUGAUCUAAUGAAUAGGUUUGAUUCCUGGUAACCGUUUCAUGAAACCACACGAUUCCAGAUUGAGGUAAAAGAAAUAUGUACGCAAAUACAUAUAUUAUAUAUAUAUAUGCAUACUAUAUAUAUAAUAUAUAUUACUGAUGAUUUAGUACAGACAGCUUGAAGAGUGUAUCUUUGACUUCUUUUCCAGAGGAACAGAAUGACACAAAGUAACCUAAUUGGCUGCAUCUGCUCCGAAGUUCAGGGACAUUUGUCUUGAGUGAUUCUUUGCUUUUUUUCUGUAGGUAUAAUAAUACCUAGUGGUUGUUUCUGGUGCCAGACACUUUUACAAAUAAUUUAGAAGGACAUCUUCUCAAUGUGUGUUUUAUACUUAAAACAUUUAGGCUUUUUUUAAACCUGAGAGCUUUCAAAAAAUUUCAGAAUUGUACAGGCUGUGAUACGUACACUGCUCAAAUUUUGUACAAGCCUUACUGAAGAACAGGAAUGUCGCCUUUAGAUCGCAUCCCUUGUUACCACCACCAGUUGAGUUGUCUUUCUCCUGCGUAGAGAAGGUAUAGCCACACCAUCAGAAUGCAAUGUGGUUUGUUUCAGAUGUUUACAGGACACUCUGUUCCUUUAGAUUAGCUUAUUUAAAAUGUACUAUUUAGCCAAAUCCUGCUGGAUUCAGUAUUGUAAAUUUAAGAGACUACAACUACUGUACAACUUACUUUUGUUUCUCGGACCUUUCAUUACUGGGACAAGAAGUCUGGCAUUGAUAGUACCUGCCCCUCAUUUUUGAUACAUGAAAAUAGUUUAUUUAUCAAUGUAAUUUCUCAGUGGAUGAAUAGUUCAAUCUAUUUAAUAGAAAAGCAGUGUUCAGUUUAGUUUCUCAAACUAGCUUUAGCAUUUUAUUUGGGUUACUUGCUAUUUAUACAUAGGAUUAUGGGUACUUGAAACUGCUGUGAUUUUUCUUUCUUAAUUAUCCAGGACAGCCAUCCAUCAUUGAUCUAUUCCUUUGGUAUUUUUUUUAAAUCCUAGGUUCAUAUUUCAUAGGAGAUUUUUGUACCCUUUAUACAGGAUUGUCAAUGAUUGUAAAGUGCCCUCUGCCAUCAGCUAGUCCCAGUUCAACAAUACAAAUAACGGAAAUUGUCAUAUCAAAGUUUUAACCUGAUGUAUUUGAACGGGAGAGUCCCAUUUGCUCCUCAAGCUUAUACACAAUUGCUCAUUCCUUAAAGUGAAGUUUUUAUCUAUAUUAAUUACUUUUGAGAAUGAAAGAUAGGAACCAGUGUGUGAGGCAGGAGGAGGAAAAGGUGAUGCUGUGUUUUGUGUUUCUCUGUUUUCAGUUGGUUCGACAAAAUGAACAAACUGCUUUUAGUGGGGUGUAUUUCCAAAACCUUGUGUUGGAAAUGGUCCCAUACAGUCUGUUGUUUGCUGAAAGUGUGUACGUGUAUCUUCUGUGCAGUGUUGUAUUUUCAGUCUUUUUUAACAAAACUAAGGGUGGACUGCUCCUCUCGGUGACGGCAUUGCCUUUGCUGGGAGCUGGUCCGUCCACGCAACUGGUGCAAAGGCCUCGCACUUUGAAAGUUUUAUGAAUCCUGGUGCAGCAAAUCAUUUAAGUGCAUGUUUAUCUUUAAACCUUUUAAAUCUAACCCGAUCCUGCAGAGCUCUUAAGAUGAUGCUAGGUGCUUUUCUGGAUCUAGGCCUUACAGUUGUGCAGGCAAUAAACUUCAGCAAAUCAGAGUGGCAGCAAUUCACACUUCUUGGACACAAAGUGUAGCUGGUAAUACAGAAUACAGUGGAGGCGGGUCCUUUUAUUUUCCAUUUAUCAGUGCUUAGGAAACCACCAGCCAUCUCUAGCAAGAGGAAAAGCAGCAUUUGUAAGCAAUUUAUAGAAGACUAGAGUGACUGCCUGAAUUUUGAUUCCUGAUUUUUUUGUAAAGGUUUAACAUGUUGUUUACAACUAAGCAGUCCUAUUUGAAUAAUUCUAUUACAUUUUAUGUAUAUUUUUAAAGGAUGAGAGCAAAAGCUCAAGCUCAUUCUUCUCCUGGCUUUACUGACAUACCAAAAGAUUGUUUUGUUGGUUGGGCUUUUUUUGAGAAUUUUUAGCUGGUAGAAUUCAAUAUAUUGAAGUUUUGCUUUAAGUUGUCUACAGAUUUUUAAGGUAUCUGCAGAUAUUUUAAAAGCUCCGUAGAUGUUUGAUAUCUGUGCUCAGGUAAUUUUACACAAAGGAAAACAAAUCUAAGGUAAAUUUUAGAUAUGAGCCUUAAACUUGGGUGGGACUAAUGCUAAGUGAUUGUCAUGGAGCGUUCUUGCAGACUUAAUGUUUUGUGUUUUUUAGCCAGAAGUGAUUGCCGUGUAAGUUGUCUAUUAUUCAGUUAUUCUCUCCAGUUAAUACCUUAAGUCUAUUUUUCAGUCUUUUUUUGACAAAGCGUAUCAGCAGAUUCUUCAAGGAGCCUGUUUGUAGAUGGAGAAUUUGCAGUUGAUCUUCCCCCUAUUGCAAACUGGCAGAUCACGCAUGUGCACUGUUCACUCAGUGGCACUGGAGAGCCCGGUGAAUUUGCAGAACUAACGAUCCUGUCAAUCCUUACAUGAAUGCUGACUGUUGUAUAUUCAAUAUGUUGUACUGUUUAUGUGGCAUAAUCAGUGUUUUAGGUCAAUUCUCUUCUGUUCUAGUCAAUCCUUUCAGUGUUAACAGCUUCCUGUAAAAUUUAAAUACAUGUUGAAUUGUCCCAGCCCCACUUCAACAUUAUGAAGCCAUAUUGUAUAUUUUUGGUGACAUGUACAUCUGUUUUAUGCAUUUGUACAUGUGAUGUAAAUUUGAAGUACUUUUAACAAUGUGUGCCUUUACUCUAAAGUGAUUUAAAGUAAACAGCAGUAUGUUCUAUUAUAUAAAAAAAAUAAAAUAUUUUAACCACCUUUUCUGUUGAAGGCAUUUAUUUUCCUUAUUAAUCAGGAUUUUUACUGAGAGCAAACCCUGGUUACCUAGAUCUAGUACAUGACAAUUUCACAACCUAGCACAUUCUUCUGGGCAAGAAUGGCAGUUGGAGUAAAUACCUCCUACUGAGGGGCAUCUGAGUGUAAUGUUGGAGUAGGGGGACUAGUUUCUCUACCUGCCAUGUGUAAUCGGUUAAGAGAGGACAGGGUGAGUUUCCCUGCCCUGCACAGGCGGGGGGACAGGCUUCUCAACAUGAGUACCUGAAUUUGGAGCCCAGAGUUAGGCAUGGCAAAUGGACUGUGGUGGUGGUGGUGGUGCAUUUCUUUUAACUUCUCUCCAGUGCUCAGUCAUGUAAGGAGCUGAUGGCCUUAGUCCCAGUCCAGCAAAGUGCUCAAACACUGGCCUAGCAUCAGGCACAGUCACUUCUGCUUACAGUGCUGUCCUCUGCAUGGGAAUUAAAGACCCUUUAAGUGAAAAAGGUGUUGAAUUAGUGGCAAAAAGAGUUUUUAACCUUUCAAAUUUAGCCAGGAAAAACAAUAUGACCAUUACUUUAAAAAAAAGAAGCUAUUAAUUAACAGACCCUGCGCUCAUAGUGGAAAUAAGUACAUGUCAUGCUGUAUUCCAUAUGGAUAAUGUGAUGGCUGAAUAGUGUACUGAUUGUAUACUUUGUCAAUCGGGGUCUGUACUUUUCGAUUGUACGCGGGUGAAGCAAAGUUUUGCUUGUGCAGUCCUGUUGCCCUUGAUUAGGCAAAGUUUCCGCGGUUGCAUGUUGAGCUGCGUGUGCAAAGCAGUGCUGGGUGAGCCGCCGAAGUGGAAGAAGAAGAAUCUGCAAUGCUGUGUUCCUGCGCACGGGACGGGCAGAGCCCCGGAUUGCACACACCGCAGGCAGCUGCCGGCUCCCGCAGCGCUGUGUUCACCAGUUCCGUGUGUACUGCUGGCCUAGCUCAUGUUUGUAAUGUCUCUUCUAUACCAAAUACUGAACCCAAUUUAAAAAAUUAUUUUUUAAGUGAAUAAUACUUCCUGGAUUUCCACUGGAAGCUGUUUUUUCUGUGUGUUCAUUGUAAAACAUCUAAAGGGCACUGAGAAAUAAAUGGGUAUUCGAAGUGCCAGGCAGUAGCAGGAGCUACACAUGGAAAAGAAACAACAUGCUGUCACUUGUGUAACUAAGAUACUCAUGUUUGUAUUUUCCUGUUUUCUUUCUGAAACUGAAAUAAACCUUACUUUUAGACUUGU